CGAAGUUACCGCAGCACACCCACCCCGACUGCUCUUUCGUUCUGUUGGAAAGUUGACUGCCAAUCUGUAACUGGAGAACACUCGAGUGCUAGUAGGCACGUUGACACACCCUAAAGUUACCGAUUUAUUUUGACAAAGAACUCCGAGCAAGGAAUUAGUUAAAAUAGCCAUAUCGAUCCAACAUCGGAUAAUUCAGGAAAACUUUUGUUUUCUUUCCUAUUCAGCAGACAUGAAAUCUUGCUUAUGGAUUGCGUUGUUUGUAACUCUUGCUAUAGGGACGAAAACACAGGUCUUUGAUCUUGCUGAUGCCUUAGAUUUUGAUAACCCUAAGGCAACUGCUAUUCCAAAACAGCCAAAGAAACCUGCAAAGGAUCCCAGUCCAGGAGGUGGAUUUGAUCUAUUUGAUGCUCUUGGUCCAGAAGAGCCUGAUAAACCAGCUGGGAUCCCUCCUAAAGAAGGUGGAACGAAUCCCAAACCUGCCCCUCCACCUCCCGCACCUGUAGAUCCCAAAAAACCAGCUGAUGAUGCGAUGGGUUUUGACCUGUCUGAUGCCCUGGGUCCAGAUCCCGUACCGGGUAAACCAGCUGUUGUUCCACCUAAAGAUGGAGGCACCGGUGGCGGGUCCUUCGGAGACAAUGACCUGUUUGAUGUGAGCGACAACGGUGGCUACAAGCCUGAUCCCGGCAAGGGAGGUGGAGGAGGAGGAGGAGGAGGUAAUGCUCCUGCAGAUCAACCUCAAGAUGUAGAAGCUGGAUCUGGUCAGAUCGCUGGCGUAGUGAGUGCAAUAGGAGUGGCCCUCCUUGGUGCUGCCUCUAGCUACUUUGCCUACCAGAAGAAGAAACUGUGUUUCAAGAUUCAGGGAGGUGUAGACCCAGAAAGUGGAAAGAACGCACGUGGAGCUCGGUCUGAUCCUCAAUAUUAGGGCAAAGGAGCCCUCGGAAAAAGCGAUGAGCAACUUGCUCAGGUCAUUCUAACUUCGAUCAGGUCAUCAUAGAGGAGCCUCACCUUUAGCAAAGAAACACCUUCUUCCAUCAGCCGGUAUCAACUGUCUGCCGGAGACGUCAAUGGGCAAAAAAACACACAAUAAAAUCUCUAUAUAUUUUUUACAUUUGUCUUUCAUUUGUAAUUUAACUUUGGGAGAAUGUUAGUUAUAUGUUUUAUUUUUGUUGUGUGUGCCUUAUCUAGCUGUGUAAAGACACUUAGAUAGAUAUACAACUUGAAUACAUGUUUUUUUGCAUUGAAGAUCUGUCAAUCAUUUUCAUUGUAUAUUGUACAGUACCAAACAAUUGUCUUUCGACUUGCUGACUUUUCAUCACUUUUCAUUUCAUUUUCAUUUCAUACUUUAGUAGGCCUAGCUAGUAUCCCCAACUACAUUUUUACAUUUGACUGUGUUUACAUUCCACAUAGCUUUCCUAUUUGUUUGACUUUAACUGUCUCCACAUAUAUUACAUUCUGAUUGGCAGUAGGGUCUCUCUUUUCGUCAAAUAACAGCGCUUGUUUUUAAAUAUAAUCCUUUACCAAAGGAUUUAGAAAUGUUUGAAUAGAUUAAGGUAUGAUGAAAAAAAAGUGCCUUAGAGAAAGAGAUUAUUUUGGUGGAUAUGAAAAGAGUGUGUAGGGUACUAUUUGGGAUGAGGAUUGGUUUCAGGCUGAACUUUUAGCUGCGUCACGUUUUGUCUUCUACUAAGUUAAUUGUUUGGGGUGCAAGCCACUCGUUAGUGUUUAUGUGAGGAAAGAUAACAUAAAUGCACAUGGUAAAUAGACAUAAAUAUAUUUUUUAAAUGCAUUGUGCAUGUUUAUUUACAAAAUAACAUUUAUACUGAGAAGAGAAGUGGUUAUUGUAUGUUGUAAGUUAUACUUGUUUAAGAUUGUUAUGAACGAUUGCUUGAUUUCUGAUGCAAUACAGAUAAGAAUGGAAAUCGAUACCUGGGGUUGAUACCAAACUGGUAAACUGGAAUGUUCUACCGUGUCACUUGUGCUGUAAAUGCUAAUGAAGAAUGCAUAUAAAAGCUCUGCUGCUUUUUUGCUGUGUGAUAUCUGCCAUUUUAGUUCUCUUAACUUUCAGCACAUGUAAUUAAAACCUUUUUAAGUAACUGUAACUGAAGAAGUGUUACUGCUUAUUCUUUACCAAUACAGGAAAUCAUUUGACUUAGUUGAUUGUAGUAUGUUAGUUUUGUGUGUUUUGAAGGAAGCUUGAUUCCUUCUCUGAAAGACAAUGGAGGGCUGUCGAUAAUGUACCUUAUUGUUAUCAAUAAAGUUAACUUUUUACAAUUGA